AGUUAAAAAUUUUUGACACCUCUCGGCUCAUAGUAUUUUCUAGUGUGUGACAUGAAUUUCGAGUGACAACUGUCAAAGCAAAAUUUGAAUUUGUUGCAUUGGAUUGUUUGAAACGUUUAAAGAAUACAAGUAUAUAAUACACAUAAGUAGAUUGGUAUUGAGAUCGUGGAGGCACAUCUUCCUACUAUAUAUCAACAAGAAAAGCUUAAGUAACAUUAUUGUUUUUAAAAUGGCGGAUUGGGAUGAUGAGUGGCAGGAAAGUGCGCCGGUACCUGUUUCUCCUCCCCAAAGAACUCAAACUUUUCAUUCAAAUCGAGGAACACGAGGAAGCUAUUCCAAUCGAGGGUAUAGAGGUGGACAGCGUUCUGGAAACAGUAACACUGAUUGGAGAGCGCGUGGAGAUGGCAACCGCGAUGGUGACCGGCAAAACCUCCGUCAAGUCCAAGAAAACAAAAAAAUUAUAUCCAUUCCUUCUGAUAAAGUGGGGCGGGUUAUUGGCAAAGGGGGUUCUAAAAUUAGAGAUCUUGAAUACGAAAGUGAAGCUAAAAUAAAAAUCGGCGAUUCUAAUGGCAAUGAUACAAACAUAACAUUAUUUGGAUCAGAUGAAGCUAUUUCAAAAGUGGAGAAGAUGAUCAAUGAUCUUACGAUUGAUCGUAGACCCAACCCCAGAGAGCCAAGAGACACUAUGAAUACCAGUUCUGGGAGCAAUAGUUCUGAAUUUAUUACUAAAAACGAAAAUGGGGAUGAGGUCUUCGAUUGGAAUAAACUGAAUGCAAUCUAUGACCAACAUCAACAAGACAGAUGGUCACAAUUACCGGCCAUUGUAAAAGAUUUUUACAAGGAAGAUCCCAGUGUUGCAGCAAUGUCUCCUGCUGAUGUAACUCGUUGGAGACUUGCAAACAAUGAUAUACAAGUACGAAGAACAUUCGAGGAUAGGCCAGAUCUUAAACCCAUUCCCAAUCCAGUUUUGACUUUUGAGCAAGCAUUCCAGCCUUAUCCUGAAAUUUUGGAAGAAAUUUACAAGCAAGGUUUUUCACAGCCAUCUCCUAUACAAAGUCAAGCAUGGCCCAUAUUAAUGAGAGGUGAAGAUAUGAUUGGCAUAGCACAAACAGGAACAGGAAAAACUCUUGCAUUCUUGCUUCCUGCUUUGAUUCACAUUGAAGGACAGCUAACCCCAAGAGAACAAAGGGAGGGUCCCACCGUUUUAAUAUUAGCUCCAACAAGAGAACUUGCCCUGCAAAUUGAUAAAGAAGUUUCUAAGUAUCAAUAUAAAGGUAUAAAAUCAGUAUGUGUGUAUGGAGGUGGUGAUCGCAGGGAACAAAUUAAGAUUGUAACCAAAGGUGUGGAUAUAGUCAUAGCCACACCAGGCAGAUUUAAUGAUUUGGUUCUGGCUAGACAUUUGAAUGCCAUAAACUUUUCCUACAUAGUGUUAGAUGAAGCAGACAGGAUGCUGGACAUGGGAUUUGAACCACAGAUCAGAAAAUCUCUAUUUGAUGUCAGGUCUGACCGCCAAUGUGUUAUGACAUCAGCAACUUGGCCCUCCGGAGUGCGGCGUUUAGCAGAAUCGUACAUGAAGGACCCUAUCCAAGUUAAUGUUGGAUCACUUGAUUUGGCUGCAGUCCAUACUGUUACACAAAAGCUCAUGUUUGUUGAAGAAGAUGAUAAGGAUGCUGCAUUAUUUGAAUUCAUAAAUAACAUGGACCCCAAUGACAAAGUCAUUAUUUUUUGUGGUAAAAAAGCCACAGCUACACAUAUUUCCACUGAGCUUUGUAUAAAGGGCAUUGAAUGCCAAUCUUUGCAUGGUGAUAGAGAUCAAAGUGAUCGUGAAGCAGCUUUAGAGGAAAUGGUUGAUGGAACAGUUAAUAUUUUAGUUGCUACAGAUGUAGCCUCCAGAGGUAUAGACAUUAAGGACCUAACACAUGUGGUUAAUUUAGACUUUCCCAGACAUAUUGAGGAAUAUGUUCAUAGGAUUGGCAGAACAGGUAGAGCAGGAAAGACUGGUAUUGCUUUGUCCUUUAUCACAAGGAGUGAUUGGGCUCAUGCUAAAGAAUUAAUAAAAAUCUUGGAGGAAGCAAAUCAAGAAGUACCUGAUGAGUUACAAUCUAUGGCUGAUAGAUUUGAAGCCAUGAAAAUAAGACGAGAAAAGGAAGGUGGUGGUAGGGGUAGGGGUGGAAGAGGGAGGCGAGAUAGGUGGUAGAAAUAUUCCCUAUAAGAUGUUAAGAAUAUACAUGACUUGAAGACUAAGCAUACAUUCUAAGCAACUUUAUAAUAUUUUUAAUUCUAUUUUUGCACUAAAGUUAUUUUGUUUCCUUGAGAUGCAGAUUAUUUGUGUGCCAAAAUACAUUUGUUGAUUAAAAUCAACCUAAUUUUUACAUGUUCCAAAAAAAAUAGCAAGUGUAAUCUCAAUUGAAAACUGAUAUUUACAUUUUAAUCCUUGCGAAAUAUCCAUCUUGGUUGAUUGACCAGACUUUACGAUGAUAGUACUUGAAGCAUAGAAUAUUAUCAAAAUCAAUCUAAGAGGUUGUUUCUUCUUUGACAAAGGUGCUAAGAUGGAUAAAAACAUUUAGCAAUUGCAUUUGUAGCAAAUGCAAUUUUACUCAAGUCUAUUUCAAGACAUAAAUCUUUUGUAUAAAUGUAAGAUUAAUGAAAAUAUGUACAUGUCGCUAGUCAGUUGUCUCUUCUUUAUUAUUAUUUUCGUUACUUUCAUAAUCGGAUCUCAAACAAGAUUUAAGUUCCCACCUGUGUAUUUUUAGAGAACACUUAACACAGAAACUAUGAAUUAGACAAGUUUUGUUAAUCUUUUAAGUUAUUUUUAUGGUAGGUUGUAAUCUCAACUACUUUACGUUUAGUUUUAGUUGAGUAAUUAAAAAUUUCAUAACUUUG